UCUUCCCGGUCAGCAAGCUCGGCUCACUGUUUGUACGGGAGAAAAGUGGGGUGAGCUCAGAAUUGCAGAACGGUGAAUUUAGUGGAAAGUCAGUCGGAGGACGGCGGAGAUGGAGAGUCCGGUCGCCACCGUGACUCAGCGCGAUCAGUGGAUGGUGGAGAGUCAGGUCUUUGGGAUCUACGGAAUCUUCGGCAACCUCCCACCCAAAGCCCAAUCCGUCAUGAUUGAGCUUCAGCGUGAUAGUCACAUAGAGUAUUUAACCAGAGGCCUCAGAGGACUCCCUUCCUCCUUCUGCGUUUUGGAUGCCAAUCGGCCUUGGCUUUGUUACUGGAUUCUGCACUCAUUGGCUUUGCUAGAGGAGUCUGUUGACGAUGAACUGGAACAUAAUGCCAUUGACUUUCUAAGCCGUUGUCAGGACCCAGAGGGUGGAUAUGGUGGCGGACCUGGACAGAUGCCACAUCUUGCAACGACUUACGCUGCAGUUAAUGCACUUAUAACCCUCGGUGGUGAGGAGGCGCUUUCAUCAAUUAAUAGAGGUAAAAUUUACAAGUUUUUGCGGCAAAUGAAACAUCCAAGCGGAGGCUUCAGGAUGCAUGAUGGUGGAGAAAUUGAUGUCCGGGCUUGCUACACUGCGGUUUCUGUAGCAAGCAUUUUGAACAUUUUGGAUGAUGAACUGGUUCAAAAUGUUGGAAGCUUCAUCUUAAGUUGUCAGACGUAUGAAGGUGGUAUUUCUGGGGAGCCUGGUGCUGAAGCCCAUGGUGGGUACACUUAUUGUGGGGUAGCUACAAUGGUUCUAAUCAAUCAGGUCAAUCGUUUGGACUUGCCUGGACUAAUUGAUUGGUUGACAUUUCGACAGGGGAAAGAGUGUGGAUUUCAGGGGAGGACUAAUAAAUUGGUCGACGGUUGCUACUCCUUCUGGCAGGGAGGUGUUUUUCCAAUAUUACAAAGAGUACGUUCAACUAUUGAUGAACAACUCACGCUUCGGGAUGAUGGAGGGCAGUGUACCAAGGAUGGCGCGCAGACUUCUACAACAUCUAAUAUAUCUGAAGAGGGGAAAUUUUUUGAAGGCACUACAUCACCAGGAGUGAAUUUGAAUGAUAUCGGCUAUGAUUUUCUCAAGAGGCCUGUAAUAUCGGAGCCACUUUUUCACAGCAUCGCAUUGCAACAAUAUAUACUUUUAUGCUCACAGGAGGGGAAGGGAGGAAUGAAAGACAAACCCGGGAAAUCGAGAGACUUUUACCACACAUGCUACUGUCUAAGUGGUCUUUCUGUAUGUCAACACAUUUGGUCGAACGACGAAGACUCUCCGGUGUUGCCUGGGGCAGUCAUGGGUCCCUAUUCCAAUUUGUUGGAACCAAUUCAUCCCCUCUUCAAUGUUGUCCUAGAGAAAUACCAUGAAGCAAGGGAAUUCUUUACAAGAGACUGAGCAAUAAACUCCUCGGCGGAGGAGUUCUUCGGUCCAGACGCCCGCACCACUUGACUGUCUGGCCAAGGCUCGUUGGGCGGGGCCGCCUUCGGAUUGCUUAAGGGCUGGAUGAAUGAUGCAUAAUUUAGGCUUGUAACAUUAAUAAUUAAGGGCAUGGUCUUCGCUGAUGUUUCUGUACUUGUAUGAAUCAUGUAUUCUUAUUAAUGACAAAGAAAUAAUCUAAUACUGCAUUAAUCCAA